AUGUGUGCCUCCUCAAUCUUCGUGCUCGUCGUCAUGAAGGGCUCGAAGGACGCGUUCAAGUUUAUCCAAUUCUUGGCAGUAAUCGACCUGCUAUCCGGGCUGACGAUGGUGUACGCGGGUUUUCACGGCGUCAUUCGGACAAUUUACGGCGCCGCUGGAGAGUUUGUGCCGCCGAUCAGCUGCAUGUACAGCUCGUGGCAUCUGCCGCUCUGGGUCUUCACCGACGGGCUGCAAUCGACGAUGCUCAUCUGGUUCACGUUGGAUCGGCUGCUGUUGGUGUUGAUUCCGGUCAGAUAUGCGAAGGUGGCCUCUCUUUACCUGCACAAACGUUUUGUCAACGUCGCCGUCGUCGCGUCGCUCGGGUAUCUGUAUCCAAUCUUCAAGGAAGUCCCGGCCACGAUCAACAACGCCUCGGCGGUGAUCAGCUCCCUCUGCCACCUCGAGGAGGUUGUGGGCGCGGAAAACUACACCCUACACGUCUUGCUGUUCCAAUUUGUGCCGAUCGGAUGCGUUUUGGUGUGUUUCCUCGCCUUGUUAAUCUACAUGGUGCGCCACCUGAAGCAACGCUGGUCGUAUAAUUGGUCUGAGCCGGCGGAGGUCACCCGCCAGCUAUUACUCGUCCUCUCAACCCGCGCCUUUCUAUUCGGGGUUUCUGUUCAUCUACCAUUGCUGUUCACCCAAAAAAAUGCGGCUGCCGACGACCUCCUCAUCCUUCGCGAUUUCUUUAUCCGUAUCUGCCUCGGGCUCUGCGUCUCCAUCGCCUCGCCGUUGCUGCUGAUCAGCUUGUGCCCCCAGUUCUCGCACAACGUCUACAUGCUGUUCAACAAGUAUUCGCACAACACGAAACGCCAGUGGCAAAGUGCAAGUGAUCCCCCACGCGAGGAGGGCGACGGCGACAACAACAGCGAGCCGGGUGGAAAGGAAGACUAUGCGGAUGCCGUGGUGAACAUGUUCGGCUCAUUUUACUCGACCGGCGGUGGCCCAAUGGGCGAUGUAGGCACGAUCACGCACCUGGAUCGGGCAAACAACGAGCGGUCCAUCUCUUUCUACUACCAGGAGAGCCCAAAAAGCACCGCCAGCAAGAAGCACCAAAACCUG